AUGCCAACACCAACAUUUUCAACGUUGGCGCCCAUGUCAAUGCUAAUAACCCGUUUGCUGCCUGCCCAGACAAGGACUGAAGCAUCAGCGACGGCGAGGCCGAGUGCUCCUGUCAACUCAACUAUCUUCGCCGGUAGUACGGAGGAAGAGGACGGCAAUGAGUGGUCCGAGUCCGAGGCACCACCAAAGGAGGAGCACUGCGGUCACAAGCGUCCCUCUGCCGGCGAAGACGGACGCGAGCUGACCCUGGAAGGCUACUGCAAGAUAUGGGGCGUCCACCCAUCCGAGCUUGACCCAGACGAACCUGGCCCGUCGACGAAGAGGCAGAGCAGGGUGCCCCCUCUCGCGGACGACGAGGUCGCCAAGUUCGACUGCGGCAUCUGCCUGGAGACGCUCCCCAUCCUGGACCUCUUCCACGGCAUGCAGUGCGACCACAAGUUCUGCGCGCAGUGCAUGGCCACCUACAUCGAGGGCAGGAUCCGCGACGGCGGCGUCUCCAUCCUGUGCCCCAGUUGUAAGAUUGUGGUCGAGAGGAUCAUGGGGUGCGAUACUAUGCACUGCAGAUGCGGAAGUCUCUUCUGUUACAAAUGCGGGCGCCCGAUGGCCCCGAUGGAAGCCGAGCUGGACGAAGGAGCCGAGCUGUGCCAAUGCCGCCACAACGUCUUUCGUCUCCGCGUCCCCCGCCCCCAGCCCGGAGCUCAUCAGACAAACCUAAACCUCAACUAG